AUGGAAGGCUACCAGCCAUCCAGUCAGGCACGCAAUGGACAUAGUGACGAGAUGGGUUCCGCUUACAGCAAAUCAGAGAGCGUAGGAUUGACAGUCCAGGCAUCGCAAACCCCGGGAGAAGCAAGCGAUACUGCACAUACCAUAAUUGAGAAAUUCAGCCAGGAAGGAGAACAUGAGGCCUAUUCCGUGUUCAUGAAUUAUGAGAAAAUCCUCUUUACCUCCUUUACCAGUUUUGGAAUGGUUCUCUGCAUGUUUGCAACCAACAUCAUCCUCCCAGCAAUGCCGGUAAUGGGAGAUGAAUACCACAUGUCGUCAGCGAUGAUUAAUCUUAUUAUAACAUCAUACAUGGUCAUCCAGGGAAUUUCGCCCGCACUGUUGUCCAUAAUUUCUGACGUGCAUGGACGGCGUUUGGCGUGGAUGCUUGCACUGUCGCUGUACACGGUGGCCAACGUUGGUCUAGCCCUGCAGACUGAUUUUGUUGCGUUGGUUCUUCUUCGAUGCCUGCAGAGUAUAGGAAGUAGCUGCGCCAUUCCCUUCGGAUUUGCCGUUGCUGCCGACAUUACAUCGCCAUCAGAGAGGGGAAGAUUCAUCGGUCCCAUGCAUGGAAGCGUCAUGGGAGCUUUUGCUUUUGGGCCCGUCAUCGGCGGGACACUGACCACUUACCUCGGCUGGAGGAGCGACGGUUCCGUCGCUCCAAGACGCUGGUGGACAAAACCCGUCUUCCACAAUACCAAGCGGCUUCAACAUGAUGCCGCGCAACGGCCCGCUCAACCGCAGCGAAGGAGGGAGAGGCCGCAAACCGCCUUGCACAUGAUCUUUGCCUCUUUGCGUAUCAUAGGGAAGAAGGACGCCUUCGUCCUCAUCAUGUACACGAGCUUGCUCUAUUUUGGGGUUUCUGCCUUGUGGUCCACCACUGCAAACCAUUUCGGUCAGCGUUACGGGCUAAGCACACUGUACCUCGGGCUCUCUUUCAUGCCUUACGGAAUCCUCGGGGGCUUGGGUAUGGUGAUCAGCGGUAAACUGCUCGACUAUAACUAUCGACGACUGUCCAAGCAGCACGGAAUGACCUCCGAUCAUCCGAGUAGCAAUCCCAAUGGUUUUUCUAUCAAAAUUGCCAGGCUACAAGUUGCGAUGCCUUUCAUGUUUCUGCUUGCUUUUUCAUUUACUGCAUACGGCUGGAUCGUCCAGGAGCACCUGCCCUUGGCUGCGGUGCUCGUGUUCCAGGCUCUCAUCGGGCUGGGCAGUACUCCGUUACUCGGAAUCAUAUACACCCUUCUGAUAGAUCUAUUUCCGGAUCAAACUGCUACGGUUUCUGGAGUGGCUGAUUUGAUCAGAUGUUUGUUCGGUGCCAUCUCUGCGGCAGUCAUUGAUUAUAUGCUAGUUGGUAUGGGCUGGGGCUGGUGUUUCACAUUAUUGGGUCUGACUCUACUACUUUCACUCUGUUUUGUUGCUUUUAUGCUUUUUAACUCGGCUCUGUAG